CACCGGGCUGGGCGCGCAGCCGUGUUAAAGAGCCGGCUAAGUGAACGCCCGGUGGGGCAGCAGGAAGCCCCUCCAUUCUGGCCAGAAUGGAGCAACCAAAUGGGGUCCAUUGGACGGUCAUUAUCCUGACAUGCCAGUACAAGGACAGUGUCCAGGUCUUUCAGAGAGAGCUGGAGGUACGGCAGAAACGGGAGCAGAUCCCCUCUGGGACACUGUUACUGGCUGUGGAGGACCCUAAGACUCGAGUGGGAAGUGGAGGAGCCACCCUCAAUGCACUGCUGGUGGCUGCUGAACACCUGAGUGCCCGCGCAGGCUUUACUGUGGUCAUGUCUGAUGUCCUGCACUCAGCCUGGAUCCUCAUCCUGCACAUGGGCCGUGACUUCCCCUUUGAUGACUGUGGCAGGGCCUUCACCUGCCUCCCUGUGGAGAAUCUGCAGGCCCCUGUGGAGGCCUUGGUGUGCAACCUGGACUGUUUGUUGGACAUCAUGACCUACCGGCUGGGUCCAGGUUCUCCACCAGGUGUGUGGGUCUGCAGCACCGACAUGCUUCUGUCUGUUCCUCCAAACCCUGGGAUCAGCUGGGAUGACUUCCGAGGAGCCAGAGUGAUCGCUUUUCCUGGGAGCCCAGUCUAUGCUUUGAAUCAUGGUGUCUACCUCACUGACUCGCAGGGCUUUGUUUUGGACAUUUACUACCAGGGAUCAAUGGAAAAGAUACAACAGUGUGUCCGGCCUGAUGGACAGGUGCCAUUGGUCUCUGGGGUUGUCUUCUUCUCUGUGGAGACUGCUGAGCACCUCCUAGCCACUCAUGUGAGCCCACCCCUGGAUGCUUGCACCUACAUGGGUUUGGACUCUGGAGCCCAGCCUGUCCAGCUGUCUUUGUUUUUCGACAUCCUGCUCUCCAUGGCUCGGAAUGUGAGCCGGGAAGACUUCCUGACUGGUCGGUCCCCAGAGAUGGGACAAGGUGACAUGGAUAUAACAGGUUAUCUGAAGGGUGCCCGAGCACAGCUGUGGAGAGAGUUGCGAAAUCAGCCUCUUACUAUGGUGUAUAUCCCUGAUGGCACCUACAGCUACAUGACUGCUAAUGCCAGUGAAUUCUUGAAUAGUCUCAUGGUGCCUGGGGUCCCUGGGGCCCAGAUCAUCCACUCCCAGGUGGAGGAACCACAGCUCCUGGAGGCUUCAUGUUCUGUGGUUAGCUGCUUGCUGGAGGGCCCUGUGCACCUGGGGCCUCGGAGUGUGCUGCAGCACUGCCACCUGCGGGGCCCCAUUCACAUUGGUGCUGGCUGCUUUGUGAACGGCCUGGACACAGCCCAGUCUGAGGCACUACAUGGCCUGGAGCUCCAUGACCUUGUCCUGCAGGGACACCAUGUGCGCCUACAUGGCUCUCUGAGCCGCAUCUUCACUCUUGUUGGCCGUCUGGACAGCUGGGAUAGACAAGGGGCAGGCACCUAUCUCAACAUGUCCUGGAGUGAAUUCUUCAAGAAGACAGGCAUUCGAGACUGGGACCUGUGGGACCCAGAUAUACCCUCUUCAGAGAGAUGUCUUCUCAAUGCCCGUCUUUUUCCUGUGUGCCACCCCUUGAGAGCCCUGGGACCAGGGGACAUGCUGUGGAUGCUGCAACCCCAGGAAGAUGGGGGUGAGGUCCAGCGGGCCUGGAGAGCCUCCUGGCGCCUGUCCUGGGAGCAGCUGCAGCCUUGCCUAGACCGGGCCGCCACACUGGACUCCCGUCGGGACCUUUUCUUCUUCCAGGCCCUGCAGAAGGCACGACAUGUGCUGGAGGCCCGGCAGGACCUUUGUUUACGCCCACUGAUCCAGGCCGCUGUCCAUGAGGGUUGCCCUGGGCCCUUGCUGGCUAUACUGGACAAGGUUGCAGCUGGGGCGAAAGACCCUGGUGUGGCAGCCCGGGCUCUAGCUUGUGUGGCAGAUGUGCUGGGCUGCAUGGCAGAGGGCCGAGGAGGCUUGCGGAGUGGGCCAGCUGCCAACCCUGAGUGGAUGCGGCCCUUCUCAUUCUUGGAGUGUGGCGACCUGGUGAGGGGUGUGGAGGCACUUGCCCAGGAGAGGAACAAGUGGCUGAGCAGGCCAGCCUUGCUGGUACGAGCUGCCCGCCAUUAUGAGGGGGCUGAGCAGAUCCUGAUCCGCCAGGCUGUGAUGACAGCCCAGCACUUUGUCUCUACUGAGACAGUAGAGAUGCCAGCUAUUGGGCAGUGGGUGGUAACUGAAUGCCCAGCCCGUGUGGAUUUCUCUGGGGGCUGGAGUGACACACCACCCAUUGCAUAUGAGCUUGGUGGGGCAGUACUGGGCUUGGCUGUUCGAGUGGAUGGCCGCCGGCCCAUUGGGGCCAGGGCACGCCGUAUUCUGGAGCCUGAGCUACGGCUGGCAGUGGGACCUCGACAAGAUGAGAUGACCAUGAAGAUAGUAUGCCGGAGCCUAGAUGACCUGCAAGAUUACUGCCAGCCUCAUGCUCCAGGAGCCCUGCUGAAGGCAGCCUUUAUCUGUGCAGGGAUCGUGAAUGUCGGUUCAGAGCUCCCUCUGCAUGAACAGCUGCUACACUCCUUUGAGGGUGGCUUUGAACUUCACACCUGGUCAGAGCUGCCCCAUGGUUCUGGUCUUGGCACCAGUAGUAUCCUGGCAGGGGCUGCUCUGGCUGCCUUACAGCGGGCUGCAGGCCAAGCAGUGGGCACAACGGCCCUUAUCCAUGCAGUGCUGCAUCUGGAGCAGGUGCUUACCACAGGAGGCGGCUGGCAGGACCAAGUGAGUGGCCUAAUGCCUGGCAUCAAGGUGGGGCGCUCCCAGGCCCAGCUGCCUCUAAAGGUGGAAGUGGAAGAGAUCACUGUGCCCGAGGGCUUUGUCCAGAAGCUCAAUGAGCACCUGCUCCUAGUAUACACCGGCAAGACCCGCCUGGCAAGGAAUCUGUUGCAGGAUGUGCUGAGGAACUGGUAUGCUCGGUUGCCUGCUGUGGUGCAGAAUGCCCGAAGCCUGGUACAACAGACUGAGGAGUGUGCUGAAGCCUUCCGCCAAGGAAAUCUGCCUCUGCUGGGCCAGUAUCUGACCUCAUAUUGGGAGCAGAAGAAACUCAUGGCUCCAGGCUGUGAACCACUGGCUGUGCAGCGAAUGAUGGAUGUUCUGGCCCCUCACGUGUAUGGCCAAAGCCUGGCAGGAGCAGGCGGAGGGGGCUUUCUCUAUCUGUUGACCAAGGAACCACAGCAAAAAGAGGCUCUGGAAGCUGUGCUGGCCAAAGCUGAGCCUAGCUUCCAGAAGACCUGAGAGUUGUCCAAAGUCCUCUGAACACCUUCUGUCCUCUCCAGGGUCUUGGCAACUACAGCAUCCACCUGGUAGAAGUAGAUAUGCAGGGCCUCAGCCUGCAGCUGAUGGGAAGGCAGUCUUCUACCUAACACCAGUCUUUGUGGGGCAGGGCGCCCUGAAGCACGCAAUACCUAUAGCUACAGCCGUGUUUCCUUUCUUCAAUGGAGGUCCUAUGCCUCACCUACCUCUUUGAGUCUGCUCCCAAAGGAAGGAAGACUCAGCAAGUGAGGCAGUGUUUGGGAACAGGACUGUACUGCAUGAUUGACAGUGACUAAGACUUGGCUUCUACUCCAUCUUGAGUGGGGAAGGUCCUAAGGACAAUGUCCCAUGUGACCUUUACAAAUCACAAUGGCCAGUGUAGGCCCAUUAGGGCCCUGGAAAGGCAUGAUGAUCAGCUAUAGCAGAUGGCUUGGGGGGGACUGUGUUAUAAGUAAGGCCAACCC